AUGUAUUGGUGUAUUUCCAAUGUCAAACAUCACGAUCACCUCAUUGUAAACAAAGAGAAUAUCAUCAAUAUCUUUUAUGUUUCGCAAACUACUGUUUAUCGAUGGAUCCCUGUAAAUACAGAUAUUAAUAACCUUUCACAGUAUAUUAUGCAAGGACUGUGCAGAGUUGAAAAAGCUGGAUACAAUAGUGAACACGAGGUAGCUUAUCCAGCAGACAGUGAAAAAGACAAGAAAAUGGCAAAACUGAAACUUCAUCAAACCAUUGCAGUGGUCCAAAGACAAUUAUACAGUCAACAAAAGGUUGAUGUAAUCAAUGAUCUUGGUGAUAACGCAAGUUAUUUCAACUAUGUCUCCUACGUAGCUCCAACAACGACCACCAAGAAAGAUCCAGCCUUUGUUGUAGGUUUUCAUAGACAUUCAGCUGAAUUAGAUAUUGUUAGUUGUUGCUACCCGGCGACGGUCGACGCCGUCCGCUACGCAGUCAACAGCAACAACGUGGAACUCGUCAAAUUCCUCUGUAUCAACAGAACGGACGGUGCCAAUCAAGAGGCGAUGGACGCCGCUAUCAAUAUAGGCAAUGUCAAGAUCGUUCGGGUCCUCGCAGACUUUUACCGUGGUAGCUGGGAUAUCGCUAUCCUAGGAGAUCUGGCGAUUCUCGAGAAAUACUACGCCGACUUUAUGAACGACAACAACGACAAUAUCAAUAACAAUCACUAUAAUCUCAGUGGUCCUGGCGCCACUUUUUCCAAUCAACACUUGCAAAUCAUUGUACAGCGUGGAUCACGGUCGAUCCUGGAGUUCCUACAUCAACAUGGCUUGGUAAGUGUCAGCCAGUUGGGUGCGAUGCUACCGGUGGCAGUUGGAUACGCACAGCUCGGAAUAGUCAGCUAUAUACUGGAGAUGUGUAAAAACCCCGAUCCUGGUGCAAUAUCAUUUGCCUACGAGGAAACGAUUCGUUAUGAUCUCUAUCAAAUUAUGGAAAUGCUACACGAAGCAGGCAAUCGUUCCUUUGACUUUGAAAGAUAUCUACCAAUGAUUAAACUGUAUGAACCUUCCGAUGUAAUUUGGUGGAUAGAAAACAAAUUCGCCAUCAAAGAUUUAUUAAACUAUAAGAUUGUAGAAUAA